CAAAUUAAAUGUGGGAGAAUUUUAAUUCAUUAAUUGCCGUAUCUUUCCACAAUUAAUACGCACUUUUAGCUCUUGAUUAACUUACAAUGAAGUUACUUAACGAAUGCAAACAUUAUUUGUUAAGAGACAGGAUGUCAAAGGAAGAUAAUUUCAAAUGCAUAUGUUUUUAAACAUAAAUUUCCUUCUGCACGCAACAUUCUUAAAGCAUUCCGCAGUUAUAUUCCUGCAAGUGCAACUACAAUGAUCAUAAAGUUAUCUGAGACGCGUUGUUAGCCCAUAUUUACUCGAGUCACGUGUUUGAGCAGUUAACAUAACGGAGAGAAAGAUAAUUUUGUCUCGCCUUACAAUAAUGGAAUUCUGUACCGGAAAGGAAAGGUACGCGUGGGUAUCACCGGUCAUUGCAACUAAGUAAAAGAAAAGUAUCAGUCGUUCAGACAGGCGUGACGAAUACACAUAUAUCUGUGGCAAGUAAUUCAUCAUUGUCAGAUAAAUCACGCAUGUGCAUGUGCAAAUAUAGUCGAAGAUUUCUAAUUCGAGGUUCUCCUUUCCGUGAUGCAUGUCCGAGUUAGAGAGACAUCAAUUCGACGUGUAAUGAAUAACAUCGUGAGGAGGCAUUUGAUUAUUUCACUUCGAAUCUGAUGACAGUCCAAGAAUAAAAGGCCACUCUAUUAUUUGGCGUCAUGGUACUGUUAAAAUUAUCGACAGCAACGCCAGAUAGCGCAGGGAUAGUGGAAAUGAUGAAUGGAUUGGCGUACGGUGGGAUUCCUUACGGAAGCGUGAGCGGUAUGGUCGCCAAGUAUCCGGGAUACGGGCAGGUUAAUAAUGAGCCUCAAGCCAGACAGUUUAACAUUUUGAGCAGUACUCAACGUCCAGUAAUAUUCACUCCGAAUUUCCGAGCGACCCGAUUGGCGGGAAUUUCGCCUCGACCGGUACAAAUUUACAAUCUUCCCGGUGUCAUCGCCCCUGGUAUCGUCGGCACGAUCAGCCAGAUUGGCUAUUAGUUUGCCGGACUGUUAGAAUGACUUUGCCAUCAAUCAUCAGAUGCAUACAUCAGUCAGCCGAACUCUCUUCUCACGAAGUUCUUCAACGAAGAAUGUUAAACCACCCACAUCGCGAAGUUGCAUCUCGCAGUACGAUAUCUAUUAUGACAUCGAAUAGAAACAAUCAGAUGAAGCACUUAAUAUUAAUUCGUAAUUUUCGCCGAGUUAAUUUAUGCCAAAAAAUUAAAGUAUUACAAAAUGACUGUUGCGUAAAUUAUCCGCAAUUAUAAAUGCUAAUACUCAUUAUUUAAUAUGUUCUCGUAAGUUUCAGUUGAAGACUUUGACACGAUACUUAUUUUAUGUAUUGUGCAUUGUUUUGUAUUUGCCUGCUAAAUUUAUUGUAUUAUUAUAUUUAAUAUCAAGAUUUAUUGCAUAACAAUGCAUGAAUAUAUAUUGUUGUCAAAUGUUGCGUUGGUAUUAUUUUAAUUAUUUAUAAAUACCAGAUAUAAAAAUUUGAUGCGUUAAUAUAUGUAAAUGCUAGACUCUUCAAACACAUAUAACCUUUUGCAUAUAAAUUUAAUAAAGCUUAUAUAAUUUGCGUAAUCAAAAAAACAUAAAGGCUGCAAUUGUUUUAAGAUCUACCCUUUACACCCUAUUAUUCAACAUCGAGGGUAAGUGGCGUUUAAGAAGGGAAAGUAUAAAUGACAUCGGACACGAUGUCUGUCCCUUAGUCGCCACGAGUCACAUGCACGAUGCAUUACGCUUCGCAAGUGAGUAUCCUUGCAUAUAAAAACCAUUGCGGUUUUUACCAAAGCAACCAAAAGCAACAAAAUUGCAAUUUUGUAACGUUUUGUGAUAGCGUAAUAAAUCAUCGCAAACGGAAAAAAAAUUUUGUCACGUGCCGAAUAGAUCUGUGUAAAGUGUCAAACUGCGAAAUGUCAACGAAAAUACUUGCGAUUUGCAUUUCUCGUUUAGAAUUAAUAUACGCGAGAAUAAUUUUUUAUGCUUUUAUAUAAUAAUUGUAUAAAUCAUUAUAUAUAAAUUUAUCAACGAAAGUAUUUUAUUGUUUUGAUAUACUUCUUUGCAGUGUAACACAUAACUUGAUUA